AUGCCGAAGUUUGUUGACCCGGUGCAUCCCAAGCUCGAGGACCACGAGGAGGAGGAUGAAGAGAGCUUUGACCUGGUCGCCGCGAUGAAUGAGAUGACGGCGCACGAGCGCCGCAGCGUCUAUGCGCUGAAGGGUCUGCUGAACGAGUACAGGAGCGUCCACGCGAAGUUCCGCGAGGAGCUCGCGGCGCUGCAGGUUGAGCACCAGCGCGCCGCCCAGAAGCUGCACGACAUACGCGCGGAGAUCGUGCGCGGACUGCGCGACGUGACCGACGACGAGGUCGCCGCGGUGACGGAAACAGCGGCCUCCGGCGUGCAGGAGAUCCCCUCCGACGAGGAGGAGGAAGAGGAGAGGGGCGGGGCCCAGAAGCGGGGCGCCGCGGCGGCGGGUAGGGCGGGCAAAGCUGCGGCGGCGACCAAGUCGGUGAGGGUGGUGACGGUGCAGGAGGAGAAGGGUCGCCUCGAGGCGGCGGCCGCGGCGGCGGAUGGCGGCAUUCCAGACUUCUGGCUGACCGCCAUGUGCAACAUGGAGGCGCUGGAGUCCAUGAUCACCGAGCGCGACCGCCACGCCCUGAGCUUCCUGCAGGACAUCACAACGGAGUACAUCGAGGGGGAUCCGCAGAAGGGCUUCCGCCUCAACUUCCACUUUGCGCCCAACGAGUAUUUUUCAAACACGGUGCUAAGCAAGACGUACCGCAUGACGUUCGACGAGGAUAGCGGGGAGGUUGAGGUGGACUCCAUGAAGGCCACCCCGGUUGCGUGGACGUCGCCGGGGAAGAAUCUCACCGUCAUCCUGAAGAAGAAGAAGCAGCGGCACAAGACGAGCAAGAGCAUCCGCGUGGUGACGCGCGAGGAGAAGUGCCCGUCGUUCUUCACCUUCUUCACCGACCCGCUCGGGGACGAGGACGAGGAGGAGGAGGAGGAGGAGCAGGCGAAGGCGGGGGCGGCCAGCCGUAGCGAGGAGCCGGGCAAGAAGCACGCGAAGGACGACGACGACGACGACGAGGACGACGAGGAGGAGGAGGCAGAGGCCGAGCUGCACAUCGAGGUGGGGCACUUGCUGAUGGAGGAGGUCGUGCCAAAGGCCGCCAUGUUCUACACGGGGAAGUCGGUGGACCAGACUGCGAUGGCGCUGCAGCGCCAGCUGAACAUCCAGUUCCUCGACGACGAUGAUGACGACGAAGAGGAGGAGGAGGAGGAGGAAAAAGAGGAGGCGGCGAAGAAGAAGAAAGGCGACACACACGACAAACGGCGGCACCCCGUUCACCACCGUGGCGGCGGCGGCGGCGGCGGCAAAGGGGAGCAGCAGUGCAAGCAGCAGUAG